CUCGUUUUAUAAAUAUAUUGACCUUGACACAGCACACAUUGAGGAUGACUGGCAGGAGGCCAUUAAGGGUAAACUCGACUGCAAACGUUCCCCUGAGAUGAGAGCUAUAGCCUGCACUCUGUUCAUCCUGAGCCUGGUGUGGGAGCGAGUGAGAGCCGACAACUCAAUCAGCAGCCUGAAAAUGGAAGCAGUAUCGUGGGACGGCGAGCUGCCAUGCAGAAAGUGGGACUGUGACUGUACCUUUAAGAACCCGCGAGGCUGCUGUUGUGCUGCCACUGAACUUCAUGAAGUAGAGGAUCAAAUCUUCCACAGAGUGAUGGACCUGGCCAAGAGAGUGUUCCAGCUGGGGGACACUGUCCUUGAAGUCAUAGGAGGUAUAAGGGUUGCAUUCACAGCCUCCAUGAGCCGCAGAGUGACCUGCUUUGGAUCUUUCACCAGAAACAGCCCCAUUCCUUAUGACGUUGUCACCUUCAACCAAGGAAGAGGAUAUAACCCCGCCCUGGGCCUAUUCACAGCUCCUCGCCCCGGAUUGUAUUCCUUCUCCUUCUCGGUCUACUCCAAGGUGGGAGGGAAAGGGGAGAGGAUGUACUACAAGGUGCGGCUCAUGAGAAACGGGGAGGUGGUGGCAUCCACCUGGGAAGACAACAGAGAGGACUCAGAGGACAGCAGCUCUCAGACGGUGCUGCUGUCGCUGCAGCAGGGGGGUCAGGUGUAUGUAGAGCUGCUGAGCGGCAGGCAGCUGUGUGGAAACGUGGAGGGCCUAAAUACCUUCUCUGGGUCCUUGAUCUACCCCACUCUGUCCUGAUGAUUAUAUUUAACUUUGUUCUUUAUUUAACAGUUGACUUUAAAAAAUAAAGAUAUAAUAAAAUACUUUAAAGAGGUUUAAUAUUA